CUGAGUUUUUAACUGCAUGGAAAAUGAAGUCACAUGACUACAAAUUAACCGAGGAGAACCUCAAUUUGCGAAACGAUUCGAGCUUUGUGGACAAUGUGCUGCGUACCCAUGACACUCAGGCCGAUCCGGAAGUGCGCCGUUAUCUUUUGGACUUGUCCUACACCUUGGCCCGCAAUCAGCUCGUUGAGGCGCGUCGCUUUGCCAAUCUGAGCAACAAGACCUUUAUAGAUGUGAAGGACUUGCGCGUUGCCAAGAUGGACAAAACGGACGACUUUCAGGCGGGUUCGCUGCUGGUGAACAAGUCCAUAGUGCAGCCGCUGCCCACGCCGACGGCGACGACGAGCCUGCUGCUGCCGCCCUGGCGCAACUGCCAGGUGGGCGCCAACGCUGAGCUGAAGCAGAUCGUGGCCGAGGCGGAGGCCCUGAAGCCAGCAGAGGACGGGCCGGCACCCUGCAAAAUAGCUCGCAUGCGUGCGCCCAAUCAGCCAACAGCGAUUUAGUAAAUCGUAUUAAAUUUAAUUGUAACAAA